GUAAUUGCAGUACUAUAAUCAAUAUUUGCUAAAUUAAAAUAUCUAACUAAAUUUAUUGGGUUUAUUUUUAUUAGUAAAUGCUUUAUAAAUAAUAAAAUAUGUUCAAUUUUUUUCAACCAAAUGUCGAUAGAAAUAUUUUGAAGGAUUUGAAAUAUUGUGCAGUUUUAUGUAGAAAUUAAAUUUUGUUGAGCAUUUCACGAAGUUUCUUACUUUAACCUUUAUUAUCACCCAGUUUAACUGUUUGUAGAGUGACGUGGUAUAAUCCGGGAGUAUAAUGCUGAAGCUACUUGGGACUGUAAAAAAUUACCAUUGGGGCAAAAAAGGCCCUGAUUCCUUGGUCUAUCAACUGGCAGUGCUGAACUCUCUCCCAGACCAGAAACUAGACGAAAAAUGUGCAUACGCAGAACUCUGGAUGGGAAAUCAUGUUGUGGAUCCAUCCCUUGUCAAGGACACCCGUCAGACAUUAGGAGAAUAUCUCUCCAGUCAGCCUAAGGAAGUCAUCGGAGACACUAAGGAUUUACAAUUCUUGCUCAAAGUGUUGAGUAUUGAAACAGCUCUGAGUAUUCAAGUUCAUCCUAACAAGAAGGAGGCUGAAGAGCUCCACAAUUUCUUUCCAGAAGUAUACAAGGAUGACAAUCAUAAGCCUGAAAUGGCAAUAGCAUUGUCUCCAUUCCUGGCACUCUGUGGAUUCCGUCCCAUUGAAGAGAUUUUUGGAUUUGUAAAGCGAUUUUCAUCUCUUUCUGACCUCCUUGGUCAUGAAAAUAUCUACAAACUUGAAGGAGAUAUUGGUAAAACUGGCCAGUCUGAAGGCCUUAAAGCCUGCUUCGAGACAUUAAUGGAAUCCUCAGCAGCAGAUAUUAAUAAAUGCCUGGAAGAAGCUAAAAAGCAGUUAGAAGCAUCCUUGAAUUCAGAUGAUGUCCUACUGAAAACAUUCCAUACGCUUCUAAGGGACUUUCCCGGAGAUGUGGGAGUGCUCUGUGUCUUUUUCUUUCACAUUGUUGAACUCAAACCUGGAGAAGCGAUGUUCAUCUCAGCAAAUGAGCCUCACGCCUAUAUUUCUGGAGAUUGCAUUGAAUGUAUGGCAUGUUCAGACAAUACAAUUCGUGCAGGACUCACUCCGAAGCCUAAGGACAUUCCAACUCUCAUCCGGAUGCUAAAUUAUCAACCACAGUCACUCGAUUCUAAAAUUUUCCCGCCGAAGAAACUCAAUGGAAAUGAAUAUGUGGAUUAUUUUGCACCUCCUGUACCAGAUUUUGCAGUGAUUAGAUAUAGAAUUCCAGCUGGUGUGUCCUCGCACACAGUGAAGCUCAAGAAUCAAGCUUCUGUGCUCCUGAUUCUCUCAGGAGUGGCCAAAUUGCAACUUCCCGGAGAUGUAGGAGUACCUGUGACCCGAGGAUCUGUGGUUUUUGUACCAGGCAAUUCGGGGGGAACAUUAACAAUUGUAAUGGAAGAUAAAAAUGUACCUUUUGAGGCUUAUCAAGCUAUAUACAAUGUUUUUUAAUCUGAAAAUAAAUACUUUUGAAUAUUA